AUGCAGAUACCCAUGGCCGCCCAAGUCACUGUCGCAUCCAAGCACAACACAGGGCUAUACUCCAAGAACUUCUAUCAGAGCUCGUUCUUGAGUCGGCCCAUCACUCAACUCUUCUUCUACAAUGCUCUGUGGGCCAUUAAGAUAUCGUUCCUGAUCUUCUUCCGACGCAUCGGAGUCGUCGCUUUACCGGCCGUCAAAAGAUACUGGACCAUCGUCGUUGCGCUUACUAUUGCCGCCUACAUCGGCGGAUGGCUCCUGAAUCCGUAUGACUGUUGGGCUAAGAAAGGACUGUACGUGUGUGACCGCGACCCUGCAGUGGCCAGGUUUACACCCAUUGCACUGACGCUUGCAACGGCAUUCGACGUCAUCACCGAUUGUCUCAUUGUCGCCAUUCCUUUUGCGAUUCUUUCACACAUGCGACUCUCGUUGCGACAGAAGCUCAUCCUAUAUUCCAUCUUCUCUUUUGAGCUCAUUACCAUGCUCGUCGCUGUUGUUCGCGUCGUCAUCUCUGCCCGCGGGAUUUCCAGGAACAGGAUGUUCCAGAUUACUCUGCUUCUAUUCCUCACCCACAUUGAGGCCAAUACAGCCAUCAUUGUUGCAUGUGCAGCAACCCCCGCGCCAUGGGAUAGUCGACCACCUAACGAGGACAUCGUACGACCGCCACAAGCGGCUACAGCAUUUUCAAAGAAAUUUUCUUCAAGGAUUUCCGAGAGGAAAGGGCCGGAUGAAGAAGAAUUGUCUUCUCUGACCAAGUCGCAUCAUACCCGCCAGCCAUCGAAGACAUUCGAAACACCGAUCGAUCUUGGAGAGUUAUUAAAGAAACCUUGA